ACUGUGCAGAACUUUCUUCAGCUCUUUGUAAGAACUACACUGAGUAGAAAAUGCCAGGCCUAGAUUGCAGGAAAGCGCAGACAUGAGUAGCAAACCUACAAAGAUCUGGGGUUUGCAGUGGCCUACAACUUUCCAGAGUGCAGCUCUCUCUUCAGAUGUCUUCCGCCUUCUACACUUUUGCAUCCUUGAGCUCUUGUUUUCAGUGAAGUGAAGCACGGAGAGGAUGAAGAAAGAUUUUUGCCUUCAAUAACUGAACUAAAAGACACAGAAUCUGCUCAAAAUUAAGGUCGACUUUCAGAAUGAAGGUGAUUGUGUUGUUUGUGUUUGUGCUGGGUGCACUCUCUGCUGCAGGUGACGAGUUCUUUGCAAAAGUCGGGGGGAAGGUCACAUUGAACUGUGGAGUCAGCAGCUACAGAAACUAUCUGCAGUGGAUUCAUGGAAAUGACCUUCUUCAUAGUGUUGAUCAGAGAGGCUUCACUCGCAAAGGCAGUGCUGAACUUGUGCGGAGGUCAGUCGUGAGACAGACGAAUCUGGAAAUCUCCAGUGUGAAAGAAACAGAUGCUGGACGGUUCACAUGUUCGGCAGAUGGGACACUUUAUAACCAUUCACUUUCUCUGUUCUCAGUUUUGGUCUCCGUCAAACCCUCUGCUGUUCUCAAGCUGAACGAUGAGGCAAUGCUCCAGUGUGAGGUGAAAGGUCAGCCCCAUGGUUGUGAAGUGAAGUGGAAGAGUCCAAAUACAUAUUCACUCACACAUACAUCAACAGUUCAACUCAAACCUGUAAAAACCUCACAUAAUGGUCCCUGGCUGUGUAUCGUCACCUGUGGCAGGAAUACGUUUAUUGAGCCUCUGGCCAUCACAGUACAAGAGCCUCCAACUACAACAACUCCACCAACCACCCUGAAGAACAUCACAUUUGUAACGAGUGUUCAGAAGACAACACGUGCAACAUGUACAACAUGUACUGCCAACUAUUGCCCACUGGGACUCUCCUGUUGGAUGUGGAUUGCAAUCGCAGUCUGCUGUCAGUUUGGGAUGCUCCUGAUUGUUUGUGUCAUUGUCUUGUGUAAGUGUAUGAGAAGAAGGAGGGCAUGUGAGGAAAGGCGUUCAUCAAAUAUUUAUGUGUAAGGUUGAUUCUUGACGAUGAACCAAACAAACAAACAUAAAAUGGGUUAAAGACCGCCUGCACCAUUGUGUUUACAGAUUAUGGUGAACUUCUACUUAAAGCUCCUCAUUGAUUGUGUAGCUGCUCAGUGUCAUGAUUUCACUCCACCAAGCUUUUACAAAAGUCCUGGCACGCUUCACAACUCGCCAAAGUCUAAAUGAGUGUCUCAGAUUGAGUAUUACACUCUUCAGUAAAUUGGUGCAGAUGUACAGAUGAGGUGUUCUGUUUGUUUCCUGGGCUUUGCUGAGUCAAACUGAGAAACACCUGAGAUCUAUCAGACAUCUGUUCAGGCUUUACUUGCAAAUUAUACUUUAUUGCCAAAAGUAUUCACUCGUCUGCCUUUACGCACAUAUGAACUUGAGUGGCAUCCCAUUCUUAAUCCAUAGUGUUUAAUAUAAAAUAGGCCCAAAUGUGGCAGCUUAAAAUCUUAUGGGAAGGCUUUCCAAAAGGUUUGGGAGUGUUUAUAGGAGUUGUUGACCGUUCUUCCAGAAGCACAUUUGUGAGGUCAGGCACUGAUGUUGGACCUUGCUCGCAGUCUCCACUCUAAUUCAUCCCAAAGUUGUUCUGUCAGGUUGAGGUUGGGACUCUGUGCAGGCCAGUCACGUUGUUCCAACAGGAACAGGAAGGGGCCAUCCCCAAACUGUUCCCACAAAGUCGGAAGAAUUGUCCAAAACGUCUUGGUAUGCUGAAGCAUUAAGACUUCAUUUUACUGGACAACAACAACCCCGCACAAUAAUCCCCCCUCCACCAAACUUUACACUUGGCACAACAAAGUGAGACAAGUAGCGUUCUCCUGGCAACCAUCCAUUGGUUCGUCACUCCAGAGAACAUGUCUCCACUGCUCUAGAGUCCAUUCGCAGUGUGCUUUACACUGAUCUGAAGGUCACGUGAAGUUUGGAGGUCUGUAGUGAUUGACUCUGCUCUGUGAUUUUAUGUGGUCUUCCACUUCAUGGGUGUGGUGCUGUCAUACCACUUUGGUAUCAUACCACUAACAGCUGACCAUGGAAAAUUUAGUAGAGAGGAAAUUUCAGACAUGUAAGAGACCAUAACACCUGAAUUUAACGAUUUGGGUGCUUAAGUGAAUAUUUUUAGUAUAAUAACAAGUCCCAAACAUUAGAGCAACUUCCCAGAGUCUCUUCACUCUUUGUUAACUCUGACUGUUGAUUUCCACUGCCAUCAUUAGUCACUGCUUCCUUUUCUUUUAUUGGACGAUUACAGCUUCAUUACACCCCUUCAGGCUUCAGCCUCGUCCUCAACCUGCUAGUGUGAGGAAAUAGCAAGAAAUACAAGAAAGAAAUAAAAACACAGAAUAACAACAAAAGUGUGUUACAAUCAAAGCACCAAAACACCUAAUUUCUUUUGGUUUGGUGAGAUGCGAUAUUUUGAUGAUUCUUGUUUUGUCUUAUUUUUUAUUUCAAACAGACAAGCUUUGUUAUUUCUGCUGUGAUAAAUAAAUGUUUUUCUGUCA